UUAGCCCCAGUAUUCUCUCGCGCUUCAUCGUACCCAGUGGUCGGUCUUGUGGUAUUGGUCAACAGAUUCGAAACAGACAAAAUUCAAUAGUAAUAGAAAAAAAAACAAAAACACACUACAAAUGUUGCAACAACGUUGGCUUAUUUACCCAUUUGCCCUACUAACGAUUUUGUGGUUCCCUUCGGGUAACGCUGGCUAUGCUACCAAUGAAAUCGGCAGCUUUGUGAAAACAUGUCCCAUUGAUGGUGUUCCGGUUUGUGGUGCCCGAGACAGAGAUUAUUUCCUUUUUCCCAAUCAAUGUUUGCUGAAUGCAGCCAACAAGGAUAUCUUUAUGGGCGGGAGAAAUUUCAAACAACUUCCAUUGAGAUACUGUAUACAUGGCUGCCUAAUAUCCUGUCCCAAAGAUCACAGGCCCGUGUGUGCUUUAAAUCUUCACACCCGUGAAAAGAAAGUGUUUGCAAAUCUUUGUGAAGUUACAAAAUUCUCUUGCCAAACGAAUAUGGAAUUUUUUAAACUAAGAGAUUCGGAUUGUGAACCUCCCAAAACUGUAAGGCCUUACGGAAGGCGUUCGCAUCGCGUUAGAAGAGUGCCGAUUCCCUGCACAAAUAUUUAUAGGCCAGUAUGUGGUACAUAUUUAGGUGUCAAAUCAACCUUCAGAAACGAAUGUCACUUAAAUGCGGAAAAUGUGAAAUACGAUAAAGAUUGGCGUGUGGUGAAAAAUGAUAUCUGUGAUGAGGACUAUUCCAACGCCAGAUUACGGCUACCCACUAAAUCCCCCAAGUCACAUUCCAUACGGAAGCGUAGCUAUGACAGUGGUAAAAACUAUGAGCAAUAUCAAAAUUUAGCUAAGCUUGACGAAUACAAAUUUCAAUCUCCCGCUGCUGCAGCAUAUAAAGCUCCAUCCGAAAUGCCAAAUAUCAAUCAGUAUUCCAAUGAUUAUACAAUGCAAACCCAGCCCUUCCAAACUUCACCUCAUGCCACCAUAACUUCCGAUCUAAAAAGUGUAUACACAGAAGAAGAUAUAGCCAAAUUACUUUCAAGUUUGUCACAGUCAUCAGGUAAUGAUCACUCAUCCUUGACAGUUGCUGAUCAACAAUACGAAACAACCGAUGCUAAGCCUAUGCAGUAUGCUGUAGAAAAUGAUAUGGCCUAUAGCUAUAUGCCUCAGAUGAAAGCAAAUCUCCAACACCAGCAAAAUCGUUCCCAAAAUCAAGUUUCUUCUAAUCAAAGCCCUGCAGUUGAACAGCGUUAUGGCGAGAAUACUAGUGGCAAAGGACCCUACUAUUAUCCCUAUCAUCAAGGGCCACAACCAGGCCAAGCUCCACGACAUGAGAGGGAAGAGACAUCAAAGGAAUCGUCCCCAAUGGAUAGCGUUAUGAAUAUGAUACGCUCCGAACUGAAGCCUAUACAACACCAAGAAGAAGAAUCACCGAAAAAAUCUGCCAAAGAAAAGAUCACCAAGAAAAUCAUUGAAUGCAAAUAUGGUUCAGAGCCAGUUUGUGCGGCUCUCAGCAACGGCACCGUGAAAACUUUUGAAAAUCUAUGCGAAAUGAGGACGACAAAUUUGUAUCUAAAAAAUACUUGGGUAAAACUCCAUGAAGGCCCCUGCGAUAAAUGUAAAUAUGAGUGUUCUCGUGAAUAUGAACCGAUUUGUGUGCAACGUAAUGGAGCCAAUUAUACCAUGGUCAAUGAUUGCUACUUUAAUAUGGCCAUUUGUUUGGAUAAGAUAAGCAACUGGACUAAAAUUGCCGAUGGAGAAUGUCAUCGUGCCACACCAGUUAUUGAUAGAUAUGCAAAUAUGAAACCUGGUUUUCAAUAUACCAGCAGCUAUUUUGCGUCUGCACCCACAGAGAAAAUGCCUGCCAGUACUACCGAAUCGAUCACAACCUCCGACGCGAAUCAAGGUGGUGAAGUAGAAUCCACAACUCCUGCCAACGACAAUGAUUCAUUUGAUGAUUCUGAAAGUGAUGAAGAUUAUGGAAAUCUGGAUAUUCCAAAUCACGUAAUCAUUAAACGUUCCAGCGAUGGCUCAAAGCUUUCAACAAAAUCGCAUAUAAUGCACUUAGGGCGAUCAAAAGGUGUUCUUAAACGUGCCCGUUGAUUUUGACAUGGUUCAAUAAAUUUUGAUAUUUAGCUUAUAUUUUUGUACUUUUUUAAAAUUUUUG